ACUCAAGAUUUGAAUAAACAUUUGUCUGAAUACAUGAAAGGACUAACUGCCAAAGUAUUUCGUACAUACAAUGCAUCUCGUACCUUCCAAAUUGAGCUAAAUAAAAGGAUGGAGAAUGCUACUACUAUAAAAGAGAAAAUGGUAGCAUAUAAUGAAGCAAACAGACAGGUUGCUAUUUUAUGUAACCAUCAACAUUCUGUCAGCAAGGCUCAUAUCAAAACCACUGAAGUAGACAAUAUGACAUUCGCACUGAGUACAUCAAAAAUCAAUUACAUAGACCCAUGUAUUUCUGUUGCGUGGUGUAAAAAAUAUGAUGUACCAAUCACAAAGGUUUUUAAUAAAAGCCUCCAUGAAAAAUUCCAAUGGGCAUUAGACAUUGAUGCAGAUUGGGAGUUUUGA